ACCAUCCCUGUAGCUUCCCGGGGAGACACGCUCGUCCGGUCCCCAGGGGCCGGCGAGGCCUCCCACCGCGCGGCGCCGCCCCGAGGUCCCGGGAAGUGGACCCGCGGUUCUCCGGGCCCCCAGUCAAGCCGCGCGCCCGCCCCCUGAGGCCCCAAACCCGCGGAGAGCGCGUGGGGUGGCCGCUACGGGGUCCCAACCCGCCCGGGCUCCCUGAGCCGUCCACACAGCCCGCGCGCGGCCGCCUUGCCGGAACCGCCCACGCCGCGGGGAAGGCGGGGCCGCGGACACCCGGCGGCGCGCCCAGCCCCCCGCUAUCUGCAAUAAUUGCAGCAUCCGCCGCCGCCUGGGGCGAUGCGCCACCCGGAAACCGGCUCCGCCAGGCUACACCGCAGGCCUUUGAGCCCCUUUUCGCAUCCGUGGGGCUGAGCUGGCUGCCUGAGCCGGAGAGCGUUAGAUCCUGUUCUUCUUCCCUCUAUCAUAUUCUUAAUUAUAAAUCAUGGAGAAUCAAGAUAAAACAAUUAACCAUGAAGAUUCAGAACCAUCCACAGAGGUGAAUCACACAGCCUCCAGGUGUCAAGAAAAACAGGAGGAAACAGUUAUGAACCCCAGAGGUAAAGAUGGAAAUGAACCAACAGAAGGAAGUAACCUACUGAAUAGCAAUGAAAAAAUGCAAGAAACACCAGCUGAACCAAAUCAUUUGCAAAGACUAAGACAAACAUUUGCUUGCCCUCCACGUGGUUUACUGGAUAGAGUAAUAACAAAUGUUACCAUGGUGGUUCUUCUGUGGGCUAUAGUUUGGUCAAUUACCGGCCCUGAAUGUCUUCCUGGAGGAAACCUGUUUGGAAUUAUAAUCCUAUUCUAUUGUGCUGUCAUUGGAGGUAAACUUUUGGGGCUCAUUAAGUUACCUACAUUACCUCCACUGCCUCCCCUUCUGGGCAUGCUGCUUGCUGGGUUUCUCAUCAGAAAUAUCCCUGUCAUCAGUGAUAACGUACAGAUCAAGCACAAGUGGUCUUCUGCUUUGAGAAGCAUAGCCCUGGCUGUCAUAUUGGUUCGCGCUGGCCUUGGGCUUGAUUCAAAUGCCCUGAAGAAGUUGAAGAGUGUUUGUGUAAGAUUAUCCUUGGGUCCUUGUCUUGUGGAGGCAUGUGCAUCUGCUCUUCUUGCCCACUUCCUCAUGGGUUUACCGUGGCAAUGGGGAUUUAUGCUGGGUUUUGUUUUAGGUGCUGUAUCUCCAGCUGUCGUGGUGCCUUCAAUGCUCCUUCUGCAGGAAGGAGGCUAUGGUGUUGAAAAAGGCGUCCCGACCUUACUUAUGGCUGCUGGCAGCUUCGAUGAUAUUCUGGCCAUCACUGGCUUCAACACCUGCCUGGGCAUGGCCUUUUCCACAGGCUCCACAGUUUUCAAUGUCCUCAAAGGAGUUUUGGAGGUGGUAAUUGGUAUGGCAACUGGAUUGCUUCUUGGAUUUUUUAUUCAGUACUUUCCAAGCAGUGACCAGGACAAGCUCGUGUGGAAGAGAGCAUUCCUGGUCUUGGGGCUGUCUGUGCUGGCUGUGUUCAGCAGCCUGUAUUUUGGUUUCCCUGGGUCAGGAGGACUGUGCACGCUGGUCCUGGCUUUCCUUGCAGGCAAGGGAUGGGCCAGUGCAAAGGCAGACGUUGAAAAGGUUAUAGCAGUUGCCUGGUUCAUCUUUCAGCCCCUUCUCUUUGGACUGAUUGGAGCAGAGGUAUCCAUUACAUCUCUCAGACCAGAAACUGUAGGUCUUUGUGUUGCCACCCUGGGCAUUGCAGUAUUGAUACGAAUUUUGGCUACAUAUCUGCUGGUGUGUUUUGCUGGUUUUAACUUUAAGGAAAAGAUAUUUAUUUCUUUUGCAUGGCUUCCAAAGGCCACAGUCCAGGCUGCAAUAGGAUCUGUGGCUUUGGACACAGCAAGAUCACAUGGAGAGAAACAGUUAGAAGGAUAUGGAAUGGAUGUGUUGACAGUGGCAUUUUUGGCCAUCCUCAUCACAGCCCCAAUUGGAAGUCUACUUAUUGGUUUGCUAGGCCCCAGACUUCUCCAGAAAGCUGAACAUCAAAAUAACGAUGAAGAAGAUCAAGGAGAGACUUCUAUACAGGUUUAGAGGUGAAAAGAGAGAAUGCUGAAUAUAGUCAUCAGAAAGCUGCUCUCGGAGGCUACUUUUAUCAACUAGCAGAAGCUACUUUUAUCCAUAUGGAUAUUGACAUAUGUAAUGUUUAAGCUUAAAAUGUACUAGACCCAAAGUGUGGCUAUUUCUUUAAACAGCAUGUUUAGUCAUUACCCUUUGCAUAUGGGGGGACGGGAGUAAUGUUCUACAUCUCCAACCUGAUCUCUACCUUCUUUUUGUUUUUUCACACACUUAUUCAUCAUUAUAUCUUAAUUUUUAUAGGGACAUAUACACUUGAAUGUACUACCACAAUUUAAUUUCAGUGUCCUGUUCUGCUAGCCAACAGCAUGCUCUGACUUAACUGUUACCGUCACAGUUUCACGAUUCAUGGUCACCUAGCCUCUCAUGCCUUGAAUUGUUUUGGGCUCCUCUUUUCUUUUUUUAAAAUACCAUAAUACAAUCCCUCAUCAAUUUCUACACCGGCCUCAUGAAUAUCAUAUUAAUCAGGGUAAGGUAAGCUGCUAUAAUGAAGAAACGAAACAUGAAAUACUUAAAUAGAGAAAUGUAUUUCCCUCUUAUGAAACCAGCUGACAGGGUUACUCUGCUCAUGCGGUCUACUCAGAGACCCAUGUCCUUCUGUCUUGAGGCUCUGCCAUGCCCUAGCUUAGGACAAAGGUUAUAGAUGUCUGUCCCUUUUCUAAUCCUCGGGAAGAAGGAAAAAAGAAAGUCCAAGGCAAGCAAUUUAUUUUUAAGGAAGUGAUGUGGAGUUGGACACAUCUCUCCUCUUACAUAAUGUUAGUGAAGACCACACCCCGCUGUGAAGAGGCUGAGAAAGUGUCUCUCACUAAGCAUUCACAUUCCUGGGAGAUGGAAAGAUCAGAUUUGAGAGCCAGAAGUACCAUUGUGUUGGGUGUUGCCAUCACCUAAUAGCAUAUUCUUGCAGGUUAACAAGGACUAUCUAAAGAUAGUAACUUUAACCAAAAGAGGGACUUCUGUGGCAGGAAUUUCAGGGAUUGCAACAUGCUAGUAGAGAAGAUAACAAGAAAGGCUUAUCUGCAAAAGUCACAUUUUAUCCCACUUAAUCAACAGAACAUCUCUGCUUUUGUGUGUCACCCGUUAAGUUCCUCUACUCUAGGUCAACUCCUGCCUAGUUGUUAGAAUAAUCAUGUUUAAAUAAACAUGAACAAACUGUAAAAAGGGAUAUAAGUGCUCUGACAGAAGUGCGAAUAGGGUACAUACACCCUUCAUUUAGUUAUUAGACUAACAUCUCAUAUUGAAAUAAUCUUAUCAUUAGACUACUGUUCCAGCCCCUUCCACCAUGACAUUCACCUCUGUUCAAAACUAGCUUAAUUUUUAUUAAGCUAACAUACUACGAAGCCAUAGAAUCUUCAUUUUUAUGUCAGCCUGACUCUGGUUACUUUCUGGGACUGUAUUCCCUUAGUGUUUAUGUUCUCAAUUUGGACUGGAUUAAUGUAUACCAAAGUUCAGAUGGAUGAACUUCCUUGGCCAGGUGCACCUUGGUGGUAGCACCAUAAACUUAAUGCUCACCUGGUCCUCUACUUUCACAAGCUCUGAAACUAGAUUCAUCCAACAAAUACUUAACUGAAAGCCUUUGGUGACCCAGGCACAUCAUGAAGACUAAUAUUGUUCCCAUCUUUAAGGAUCUGACAGUCUGAUAGAGGAGAGCAACCAUUAAACAAGAGAUUGCAAAACAGUAUGAUACAUGCCAUGAUGCAGGAAGUAGAGGGACGCCAGGGAGCUCAUAGCAGGAGCACCUUAUCAAUCCAGGGGGAGGUGCAGUUUAGACACAGCCUCCAGAGAAAGUAGGACUAGGGUUAGGACAUGGGGCAUGAUUAGGACUUAGCAAAAGGCAUGUGAGGCCCAAGGGUGCUGCAGUUAGUGCUGGUUCCCAUGUUCACCAGUAGCUCUUCUCCAUGUAACAGGCUUUGAAUACUUUUUAACUAAUACAAAAUACAGUUAGUAUAAGUCAAUGAGAAUGUUGUUAUAAAUAUUCAAGGCGCCAAAGAAGAAUUAGACAUGGAAAUUUACAGAAUGUAGAAAUAGUUGAAGAGCACAGUAAGCCACUGCCAUAGCCUAUGCCAUUUUCAGAGCAUGCAGCUACUUCCUACCUCUACUCGGUCAGCAGCCACCACCCAAAUCUCUAUGGCUCUCUGUCCAGUAUUGGUCUCUGCAGGGCUCACCACGAAGUCUCAGGUUUGUCACCACAUCGUAAGGCACAGCUCUUGACUUGGCUGGUGAACUCAGAGUUAAUUUGAUACAGAGUGUUGACUCAAGACAACCAAACUUACUCCACCCACCCAACCACAGAUAGAAACCAUUACUCUAACCUCUGGGUGCCUGAAAGAACAGUGUAUGUACCCUAUACAUACUUCUGUCAUAGUACUUACAGUCCUUUUUUCAGUUUGUUUAUAUGUUUGUCUCCUAUUAAAUUAACCCCUGAGGGGUGGGAACCUUAUCUUGGUCAUCUUUGAAUCCUCAGCAGUUUGCACAGGGCAUGGAGCACAGUGGGCAUUUAGUAAAUUUUUAUUAACUGAGUCAGUGAGGAGAUUCUCUUCCAGUAUCAGAAAACUACCUGCCACAUAACAGUUUAGAUGUCAGUCUGCUUAGUCUAUCUUAGUCUGCUUGGGCUACUACAACAAAAUACCAUAGACUGAGUGGCUUAAACAACAGAUAUUUAUUUUCUCACAGUUCUGGAGGCUGGAAGUCAAACGUGAAAGUUGCCAGCAUGAUCAGGCUCUAAUGAGGGCUCUCUUCGUAGCAUGCUAAUAACCUCCUUCUCGCUGGGUCCUCACAUGGUGGGGGGAAAAAAUGGGGAUGGAAGAGAGUGUGCAAGCUCUCUGGUGUCUCUUCUUAUAAAGUCACUAAUCCCACCAUGAGGGCUCUACCCUCAUGAUCUUAUCCAAUCUAAUUACCUCUCAAAGUCCCCAUCUCCAAAUGCCAUCACAUUGGGGGGUUAUGGCUUCAACUUACGAAUUUGGCGGGGGGACACAAUUCAGUGUACAGCAAGGAUGUCAUACUUCCAAGGACAGUGCUAAACAAACACUAUAAAUUCAUGUUCUUCAACACCCCUAUUUUUCCUAGGGUUGGUGCCAUCAAUCUCCCCUUUGAGAAGUGUUUGUUUAUUGUCUGUUUGUCUUUAGGCAGACUGAUUAGGCUUCAGCUCUUCAAGUUAUUUUCACAGUCCAGUGUUUUUCUCUCUGGUAUUAACUCCAUAUAACGUUGAUUGGACUUUAAUGUUCUCAAAAUGUCCUCAGUCUUAUGUUUGCAAGUGAUCUCAUCCAUUACAUUCUUUAAAAAUGGUACUGAUUAUUUUUGUCUGAUUACAAAAUAAUACAUUUUCAUUGCAGAAAAUUUAGAACACAGAAAAUCACAAUAAAGAAAACUGAAACUAAUGUAAA